GAGGAAAAGACGUCACACUGCCAUUCGCGCUUUUAGUCAUUUUACUACUUUUAAUAUUAUUCUGUAAAUUAGUGUAAAUUUAUCUAUUGCAUAUUUAUUGUUUAUUACAUUAAUAAACUAGUUCCACAAUUUUGGGUAUUUGAUUAACAAGAACACUGAAGAGUAUUUUAAUAUCUGAAGUAAAUGAUCACAGAUUUUCUAAAACGCUAGUUCCGGCGCGAUGCGCCCUCUUGUGACUUGCUGACAUAAUCAAAAUUGUCUUGUGGUGGGCAGUGCAAAGAUUGGUCGCGCGCGCCAAUUUGCGUGGAAUUCUCUGUGAAAUAAUACCAAUUUGUGAAUUUAUAAAACACAGACAUGGCUCCCCCAUAUUAUGCUGACCUUGGAAAGAAGGCCAAUGAUGUCUUCAGCAAGGGCUAUCACUUUGGUGUUUUCAAACUCGACCUGAAGACCAAGAGCGAGUCUGGUGUUGAAUUCACCAGCGGAAUCACCUCCAACCAGGAAAGCGGAAAGGUUUUUGGCAGCCUUUCCUCCAAAUUUGCAGUGAAAGACUAUGGCUUGACUUUCACAGAGAAGUGGAACACAGACAAUACAUUAGCUACUGACAUCACAAUCCAGGACAAGAUUGCUGCUGGCCUUAAAGUCACCCUUGAAGGCACUUUUGCCCCACAGACUGGAACUAAAACUGGAAAAUUGAAGACCUCAUUCACCAAUGACACAGUAGCAGUGAACACUAACUUGGAUCUGGACUUGGCCGGUCCAGUUGUAGACGUUGCAGCAGUACUAAACUACCAGGGUUGGCUGGCUGGUGUACACACCCAGUUUGAUACACAAAAAGCAAAGUUCUCCAAGAACAACUUUGCUCUAGGUUACCAAUCUGGUGACUUUGCUCUCCACACAAACGUAGACAAUGGUAAAGAUUUCGGCGGUUCAAUCUACCAGAAGGUAUCUGACAAGCUGGACUGCGGCGUCAGCAUGAAGUGGACGGCGGGUUCGGCCGACACAUUAUUCGGAGUUGGAGCGAAGUACGCGCUGGACCAAGACGCGUCUCUGCACGCCAAGAUCAACAACAAGUCCCUCAUCGGUCUUGGUUACCAACAGAAACUACGCCCAGGUCAAUAUUCUUCUAUACUAAUGAAAUAUAAUACUAUAAAUCUACAGCUGUUUUUACGGAUGUUCCGUUAUAACCACUGGACCAUGCAUCCGAUUGACUUGAAACUUGGUAUCCAUGUAGAAAAUGUACUUAAUGGAUAGGGUAAUAUUUAUAUGAAUGUUGGACUUCCUACACCAGUUGCGGGGGACGUUAAUGAUGAGAAUCUUUGUGGGAGUGAGAAAUAAUAAUGUUAAUUUAAAUACCCAGCAAAGCGAAGAGGUACAGCUAGUUAUCUUAUAUGUACAAUCAUUAGGUUUCCGAAAGUUUCAUAUAAUAGUCCUAUGAUAAAAAAUAAUCUGUAAUUUGCAUUUUUACAUUGAAAGUGUUUAUUUUGUGCAAAACUCCAUAAAUGACAAGAUAACAAAGUAGAAUCUCAUGACAUUCGGCCCAUUUUACGUAACUGUUUUAUCAACUCAUCAAUCAUGCUCAGACAGAAAAUAACCUGGACUUACGCAGAUCACGCAUUGCUCUAUUUUUUUAAGGCACGAUUGUCUUAUCUCUUAUCGGAAUGUCUUCCGAUCUGUGAAGAUUUUACGUAAGUUUGUGAACGCGUAACACGAUUAUCUCGUUCUCGUGAUAUUUUUUUUCAAUAACAUUUCAUUUUUUGUAAAUUGGAAAGUCAUUAUGAAGUGAUUUAUGAGGCAAUUAAUUGCAUAUUUAAUAUUCAUAGUACAUGUUAUUUACAGGCGUAACCCUUACAUUGUCUGCUGCCAUCGAUGGACAGAACUUCAAUGCAGGUGGCCACAAGGUUGGCGUUGCCCUCGAACUCGAGCCCUAGAAAAUAUAACCAAACCUACUCUUGUAGAUAAAUACAUACUGUUGUCACAACCAAACAGCGUGUAUAGAGAAUCAAUCAGUAUCGUAGAAAUUACGUGUAUAGUGCCCGGAGCGUUCAAAACGCAAUAUUCCUUUCCUGCUUUCCUAAGAAUGCUGUGAGACUAUUUCAUUAGCUUUUCCUAAAUGUUUGUAAACAAUUCGCGUCAAAAUAUAGUCUCACUCGACUUUUAAUUAAUAAAUCUUGUAAAUAAGCACCUGUGGUGUGAUAUAUAAUUGAUUGAAUGAUAAUAAAAAUGAAUAGUCUGUUUUAAUCAACAAAA